UCAUAAUUUUUGAGUAUUUUGAUAUUAUCAUUAAGGCUUAAAACUCUCAAUCUCCAAAUUUAUCGCAGUAAUUUAUUCUCUCAAUCUCUGGGCACCGCCGGACGUCUCCCCCCUCCCUGCACACACAAAGAGCUCUUCCUCCUCCCCCCCUCUGUAUCAGUGUGGUGGUGCUGCUGCUGAUGGUUAUCGCCAAUCUUCACUGUCAUUGAAACCCUAGUAUCACUAUUUCCUCGCUUGUUUUCGUCCCAGAAAAGAUUUCGGUUUCCGCGGGUUUGGAUAUAUGUCCAACCAUCAACCAAGGGCUGACAUUCGCGACUCUUAUCAGUACAGGAAGACCACCCGUCCCAGUAGCUCAAAUCAGCAUCGCGGCGGUAAAAGCGGCGGCGGAGGGGUGGGCUCUGCCGCUCCUCCUAAUCCCUCCCUCUCAUCCAGCAGAAGCUUUAAUAGGAAGCAUAGUAAUGCACCAGCAGGACAGCUUAGGGCUAGUGGUGUGAAUGUUACUUCGGAGGGCAAUGCUCCAUCUGCAGCUCGAGCAGUGCAGAAUGGUGCUCACCAGAAACAUUCAUUGGGUGGUGCAGCCAUUGCAGGUGCACCUUCAUCAAUUACUACUCCUUCCAAGCCCACUGAUGAAGCACCUCAAAAAAUGGUGCGAUCUGUGCCAACUGCUCCAUCAUCUAGUGUUGACUCUACUGGUUCUGUCUCUAAUGCACCGUCCACUCCAGCUAAAGCCCAUGGAGAUGUAUCAAGGUCCUUCCCUCUUCAAUUUGGUUCAAUAAGUCCUGGUUUUAUGAAUGGGAUGCAGGUACCUGCUCGAACAAGCUCAGCCCCACCAAACUUGGAUGAGCAGAAACGUGACCAGGUUCACCAUGAGUCUUCAAGGGUGCCUGUACCUGCUGCAUUGCCAACUCCGCCAUCAAUCUCUAAGCAGCCACUGCCAAGAAAAAGCACAGCAGUUGACAAAACUAGCAGUGGCGAAGCUCAACCAGCUGUGGCCAGGUCAAAGAGGGAUGCUACAGUUACAGUUCCGUCUCCUUUGACCCAAAGCCAAAAGGCGCCCACUGCUACUGCUCAUCCUAUGCCUGGGAUGCAUGUGCAAAUACCAUUUCACCCGCGACCUCACGCUGUUCAAUUCGGUCCUCCACAAAUUCAAUCUCAGGCCAUGUCAGCAUCAUCUUUCCCGAUUCCAGUCCAAGUGCCUCUACUUGGAAAUCCUCCUUUGCCGCAGCCCAUGUAUGUUCCAACUUUUCCACCUCAUACCAUACAAUCCCAAGGAAUCAUUCAUCAAGGACAAGGAUUGAGUUUUCCAUCUGGAAUGAGCCCGCAGUUGGGAAAUAUGGGAAUGGCUAUACCUCCACAGUUUUCUCAACAGCAAGCCGGAAAAUUUGGUGGAACACGCAUACCUGUAAAGAUCACUCAUCCUGAAACACAUGAAGAAUUGAGACUUGAUGGAUCAUCCGCUACAAGGUCUCAUCAUAAUAAUAUACCACCUCAGUCACAGUCUCUUUCCUCAUUCCCAUCCUCUCAGCAUAGUUCAUAUAGCAGUUAUGUCAGUUACCAACAUCCGAAUCCUCUCCCACCUAAUAGCGCACAGGGUUCUCAGCCCACAAGGGUAUAUAAUCAGGUGACAGUUAAACCUGCAUCUGGUGCAUACGGAGAAAAAGAACAGUUACCCCCAGUAAGUUCACCCACGGGAAAGGAUUCACAGAAACACUCAAAGCUGCAUGGAGCUACUUCUGGUCACCCACAAAGAGAUUCUCAGAUUUCAUCUCAUAGUUCUCUAACUGUUUCGAAACCUGGUGAUGGGUCAGUCUCUACAUCAAUUCCUGCGAUUGGUAAGCAAUCCACUGUACUUUUAAGUUCAUGUCUGGACGGUGCACUAUCAAGUUCAUCUUCAACGUCUGCAGUAUUGGUUGAGAGUUCUACAUCAGUGGCACCAAAUGUUACUGCUGAAGAUGCGUCUGAAGUUUGGAAGAAAAAGCCUUCCCAUAGAGGCCAUCAAUCCACGCAGGAUCAGAAUGCCAAAGAAUCUUCAAACCUUUCAGUUAUGUCUUCUCAGUCACCAUCAACGAAAGAAGUUGAUAUGCCUGAUUUGGGGAAUAAUUUCAGUGUAGACACUACUGAGGAAUCGCCACCCCUCUAUGAUUCUACAUUGGAUGCUAUGAAUGCUAAAAGCAAGGGUAGCCCAUCACAGUCUUCUUCCAACCCCUCUAGCACAAUGAGUCUUGAAGGUGAUCCCUUAAUGACCGAAAGUUCGAGUAAAAAUAACAUAGAACUGAAGAUGCAAAAGUCUCUUGAACAAGAUAGCAAUCCCUGUGAAUCUUCUUUGGAAUCAGUCUCUUUGGAGUCCUCAGAAAUUGCCGAUCGAAUCGGGGAAGACUUUCUAUCGAAAGUUACUAACUCGAUAGAUUAUGACACCUCAACACAAACUACUGCUGGAAUGGUUGAUGAUUCUGCGAUUGGUUCACUUGAAGGUCAUAGCAAAGAUCAUAGUUUAUCAUCAUCCGUUUUGAUGUCAAAUGAUGUGAAAUCUGAUGAUACACCAUCACAGAUAGAUGCAUCUGCUCGAGAUGGUCAUGUUGGUAGUAAAGAAAUUGCUGUUACAACAUCUUCAUUUAAAAAUCAGGAGUCUGAAUCUAGGUCUUUUCAGUCUCAUUCAAUGACAGCCUCAAAAGGCGAAGAUGGACAUGCUGAAAAUAAUAAUACCGGUUCAUUUGCCAAAGAAAAAUCUGUGACAGAGCAGAAUGCGCAAAAAAGUACUACUACUAGAGUAAAGAAGAAAAAGAAAGAAUUAUUUAAAAAAGCAGAUGCUGCUGGUGCAAGUUCUGAUCUUUAUAUGGCAUAUAAGGGUCCAGAAGAAAAGAAAGAAAUUGCCACAUAUGUAGAAAGUAUGGAUGGCGCCACUAAUGACCAUUCAAAUCUUGUUAUCUCUCAAGUCACACAAGAUUCACUGGGAAAGAAAGACACCAUGGUUAAAGUAGAACCUGAUGAUUGGGAAGAUGCAGCUGAUGUUUCUAGUCCAAAUAUGGAAAGUGCAGGAACUGGAGAGCAAGUUGUUGAUGGAUUCAGGAAUUAUGGCGAUGAUAGUAAUGCGACUGGAACAAAGAAGUAUUCAAGAGAUUUUCUACUUAAAUUUGCGGAUCAACAUAAUGAUCUCCCAGAGGGGUUUGAGAUAACUUCCGACAUUGCAGAGACAGUGAUGGCUGUUAAUGCCAAAUUUUCACGCGAUUCUUACCCAAGUCCAGGUAGGGUAAUUGAUCGACCAUCCAGUGUGUCUAGACCAGACCGUCGUGGAAAUGGCAUGAUAGAAGAAGAAAAGUGGAACAAAUUACGUGGAUCUGGUGUAUCUGUGAGGGAUAUGCGGCUUGAUUUGGCUUAUGGAGGUAAUCCUAUAGGAUUCCAACCUGGGCAAGGCAGUAAUUAUGGUGUGUUGAGAAACCCGCGUGCACCAUCACCUACUCAUUAUGCUGGGGGCAUCCUUACUGGGCCGAUGCAGUCCAUGGCUGCUCCUGGAGCUGGUGUUCCUAGAAAUAGUGUUGAUUCUGAUAGGUGGCAACGUGGAAGUGUUUUCCAAAAGGGUUUAAUGCCUUCUCCUCAGGCCCCGUCACAAUUAAUGCACAAAGCUGAGAACAAGUAUGAAGUCGGUAAAGUUACAGAUGAGGAACAAGCAAAGCAGAGACAAUUAAAAGCAAUUCUGAACAAGCUUACUCCACAAAACUUUGAAAAAUUAUUCCAACAAGUUAAAGAAGUAAACAUUGAUAAUGUGACUACACUCACUGGUGUUAUUUCACAAAUUUUUGAUAAGGCGCUGAUGGAACCCACUUUUUGUGAGAUGUAUGCCAACUUUUGUCAACACCUUGCAUCAGAGCUACCUGAUUUGAGUGUAGACAAUGAGAAGAUCACUUUUAAGAGGCUGCUUCUGAACAAGUGUCAGGAAGAAUUUGAGAGGGGAGAACGAGAGGAGCAGGAAGCUAAUAAUACCACUGAUGGGGAUGGUGAAACGAAACUUUCAGAUGAAGAGAGAGAAGAGAGAAGGCUAAAAGCCAGGAGGCGGAUGUUAGGAAACAUCAGGCUGAUCGGAGAGUUGUACAAAAAGAGAAUGUUGACAGAGAGGAUAAUGCAUUCAUGCAUCACUAAGUUGUUAGGUGAGUAUCAGAGUCCUGACGAGGAAAAUAUUGAAUCACUGUGUAAGCUAAUGAGCACAAUUGGGGAAAUGAUAGAUCACCCUAAAGCAAAGGAGCAUAUCGAUUUUUAUUUUGAUGCGAUGUCAAACUUGUCAAACAACAUGAAACUCUCAUCCAGGGUGAGGUUCAUGUUGAAGGAUGCAAUUGACUUGAGGAAGAACAAAUGGCAGCAGCGGAGAAAAGUUGAAGGCCCGAAAAAGAUUGAAGAAGUGCACAGGGACGCAGCUCAGGAAAGGCAUGCACAAGCUAGUAGAAUGUCUCGGGCUCCUAGCAUGGGCUCUUCUGUUAGAAGGGGUCCGCCAAUGGACUUCACUUCCGGCAGAGGUGGUUCAAGUAUGUUGCCUUCUCAAAGCUUGGCCCAGAUGGGUGGUGGUUUUCGACCUGUGUCCUCACAGAUGCGUGGUUUUGGUGGUCAGGAUGUUAGAAUGGAGGACAGACAUCAUUCCUUUGAUAACAGGACCUUUUCUGUUCCUCUACCGCAGAGAUCUGUUGGUGAUGAGAUCACGCUUGGACCCCAAGGUGGUCUUGGAAGGGGUAUGUCUUUUAGAGGACAUGGAGGCACACCUAGUGUCCCCACAACUACAGAUGUGCAUAUGAAUCCAGCUGAUUCACGAAGAAUUGCAUCCGGUCCGAAUGGCUAUAGUCCUGUGCUAGAUCGGACAACGACUUAUGGACAAACAGAGGAUAUGGCGCCAAAGUACAUGCCAGAGAGGUUUUCUAGUCAACAUGACCAUCCCGGAACACAAGAGAAGAAUAUGCCUCAUGUGGGGAGUCGGGGUGGCAACUUUGAUACGGUUACUACUCCCACAUCACCUCUAUUGAGAGGUGGGGGGACUAGCUUUGCACAAAGUGUUCCUCCGGAUGGCACAUUGCCAGUGGAAGAGCACCUGAGAGGCAAGUCCUUAAGUGCUAUUAGAGAAUUCUACAGUGCUAGAGAUGAGAAUGAGGUUGCCUUGUGUGUGAAAGAACUGGAUGCUCCGAGCUUUUAUCCCUCAAUGAUUUCUAUUUGGAUUACGGAUUCUUUUGAGAGGAAGGAUAAUGAGAGGGACCUUUUUGGGGAGCUUAUUGUUGAUUUGAUCAAAUCUCAAGAUGUUAUCUUAAGUCAAGACCAGCUUAUUAAGGGGUUUGAGUGUGUUCUCGAGUCAUUGGAGGAUGCAGUAAAUGAUGCUCCAAAAGCAGCAGAGUUUCUUGGCCGACUCUUCGCCAAAGUGAUUUUAGAAAAUGUGAUUUCUUUAAAAGAAAUUGGACGCAUAAUAUAUGUAGGUGGGUAUCAGGAAGGGCGCCUUAGAGAGAUAGGGCUUGCUGCUGAAGUUCUUGGAAGUGCUUUGGAGGUUAUUAAAACGGAGAAAGGUGAAUCCGUACUGAGUGACUUAUGUAGAAGCUCCAGUCUGCACCUACACAGCUUUCGGCCUCCUGCUUCUAACAAGCAAUGGAAACUAGACAAGUUCCUUUAGUUGUGUAUUUGGUAGAGAUUCCUGGCUUAGCUCCCUCCCUCCCUCUCUCUCCCCUAGGUAACAAAGCUCAUCUUCUCAUAGAGAUAUAAUUUUGAAUGCUCGCUUCUACUGGAUUAUGCUUUUAAAAUAUGUUUACUCUUACUAUUUUCAUUAUAAUUAUUUGGCAUAAGAAGGUGGCGAAGUUAAUUUGAGCUUUCUUCUAUUGCUGUGUUUCAUUUUCAUAAGAAUGUCUACUUCCUACUCACCCACCAUACUUUUUUUAUGAUGCAAGCGCAUGGCCAUCUGUAUAGAGCUUCCUAUUUCUUGAGAUUCAUCCUGUGCGUGUUAUAUACAUGAAGAGGGAUUGAAGUUUGGUUAGUUAGGGAGAGAAAGGGUUGAUGGAAUGAAUCAGAUUCUGUUCAAGAAAAUAGAGAGAGGGUUGAUGGAAUAGCCGAUAAAAGUUACAGACUGUGAGCACCUAGCAGUAGUGGUGGACUCGGCCCGG